AUGGCAGAUCAAUCAUUAAUUCAUGAUGAUAUUAAACUGUAUACAACAUCUGACAAAUUUUAUUUUGAACCAACUAUUAAUCCUACAGAGAUACUUGUUAUUGACAGAAUUACUGGGGAAGCUUCAGUAAAAGAUGUAAACUCAGUGAAGAUUCCGAUCCCGGCUAAUGCUUACAAACCAGUAUGUGGUUUCCUGGGCUCCAUCAAACUAAUAUCUGGACUGUAUUUAGUUGUUGCUAAGUAUAGAAUAUUGGUAGGUAAAAUAAAUGGACAAGAUAUAUACCAGUUAGCUGGAACAGAAUUAAUACCAUAUACAAGAUCUACAACUCAUAUGACAAACAAACAGGUUGAAGAUAACAAUACCUAUGAGAGAAUGCUAAAAACCGCAUUAGAUUCACCUGGAAUAUACUUCUCAUAUGGCUAUGACUUGACUCACACAAUGCAGAGAUUGCAUUCCGUUCCUUCAGAUUUUCAUAAGAUGUCACUAGCUAGUCGGGCUGAUCCACGUUUCCUAUGGAAUGGACACCUACUAAAGGAGUACUCGCACCAACAAUUUGCAAGAUUUGCGCUACCAAUCAUUCAAGGCUUCGUAGCAAUAAACCGUGUGACGGUGAACGGCCACCAACUGACCUGGUCUGUAGUGUCGCGACGCAGCGUGGACCGCGCAGGCACUAGGCUCUUCAUGCGUGGGAUCGAUGCUCAGGGUAACGUAGCAAACUUCGUCGAAACCGAACAAAUAAUCGAGAGGGGUGGGGAGAAAUCGUCAUUCGUUCAAACGCGAGGUUCCAUACCGUUGUACUGGAACCAGUAUCCAAACUUGAAGUACAAACCAUCCAUGGCCCUGUCGCCGGAAGACCACGUGACGGCGUACACCAGGCAUAUGAGGGACCAGCUGCAGAGAUAUGGGAACCAGGUGUUGUUGAACUUGAUCGACCAGCACGGCAAGGAGGAGUCGCUGGAGCGCGGCUACCGCGCGGCGGUGGCGGCGGCCGCGCUGCCCGCCGUGCGCUACGAGCCCUUCGACUUCCACGCCGAGUGCCGCGGCAUGCGCUACGACCGCCUCAACGUGCUCAUGGACCGCAUCGCACACGAACAGACGGAAUUCGGGUACUUCUUAUCCCGCGGCGGCACCGUGCUGCUGCGCCAGAGCGGCGUGUUCCGCACCAACUGCGUGGACUGCCUCGACCGCACCAACGUGGUGCAGAGCCUGCUGGCGCGGAGACAGCUCACGGCCGUGCUCCGACUCCUGGCGGUUAUUGGAGCUGAUGAUCAGCACCCUCAUCUGGAUUCUUUGUUCAAUACUGUGUGGGCGGACCACGCGGACAUGAUCUCGACGCAGUACUCGGGCACGGGCGCGCUGAAGACGGACUUCACGCGCACCGGCAAGCGCACGCGCGCCGGCCUGCUGCGGGACGGCGUCAACUCCCUCACCAGAUACUAUAAGAAUAACUUCAGCGAUGGCUUCCGACAGGAUUCAAUAGAUUUGCUUUUAGGCAAGUAUGUGAUAACGGAUGGAGAGGGCAACACUGCGCUGUGUCCGCUCCGUCGUGACAAGGACUGGAAAUACUUAACACUGCCGUCGCUGGUGCUGGUGGCGGCGUCGCUGUUGGCGGCGGGCGCGCUGCCCUCGCGCACGCACGCGCUGCUCUACCUGCUGCUGUGGGGCGCCGCCGUCGGCGCCGCGCUCAACUUCGUGCUCAGGCACGGCAGACAGUUCGUGGACUGGCCGCGGCUGGACGCCGCUCUGGCGUCGGCCCGCGCGCCUCCGCCGCAGUUA